AUGGCAGUUACACGUUCAAAGACGCCAUACAGCCGCGUCGACAGCGAUAUUAUAGAGCUCAGGUCGACGGAGGUAUUGGACAAGAGCGGAUCGGGCGAUAUCAACCACCACCCCACAUCUCGGAAGCCGUCCCCACCGUGGUCUGGAGUAGUAGCGCUGACUUCUGUUAUCCUGUUAACGAUCGCUGCUGUCGGUGUGCUACUUGUGAGUAACGGCUCACCGAUCGACCGAUGGCAGAUCCGCAACAUGAAAAUUCUGCCCCAGGUAUGGCUGUCAAUCCUUACAACUAUCAUGGACGGAGUGACUAUGUUUGCCCUUGCAGAUGCCGCUAGAAUCACGUACUGGCGAGCGGCGGCUCGUGGUUCAACAUUGCGGGACAUGUUUGACUUAUACGAGUCUCACUCUUUCUUAGGAGCACUGAACAAUAUGGCCCACCUGCGUCCAGAUAGACUAGCGAUAGUUUCAAUCUUCUGCCUGUUCUCAACACUCCGCGGACCACUCUUCCAGCGUACUUCGGUAGUAAUCGGCGGCGUUACGCAGAAAACAUCUGGAAUGCACCAGAUUCACGUAGCACAGCUCAUUCCACCUGGUUUUCUAUAUCCGGAAGUUGGGGUUACUUCGAAGGCCUACGACGAAGUGUAUGAUGCAUAUCUGGAAAGAGCACCUAUAUAUGUGCACGUCGAUGAAGCCCAAUGUGGGGAUAUGUGCAUUGGCAAAGUUAAGGGCUACGGAUCCGAUAUUGAAUGUUCAGACUUGACCACCAUACCUUGGGAUACCAGCGAGAACAGCACUGUGCGACAACAAUUCCAAGACACAAGCAAUAGAAUAGGUGGUGCAGUUCCAUCGUUCAACAGUUCGGCUUAUCUACCAGACGUAGUGUGGUCUGAGACUGGGGAAACAGAUGUAGAUUCAUUCACAGCUGCUGAGACCCGAGGCUGGUUUGACGUCGUCAACCUCUUCAAGACCGAGCCCAUUUGUGGAGGCCACCUUUCAAUCAGCAGAUGUUCGCUGCAUCAUGCAGUGGUUGAAUAUGAGGUCAAACUUCAAGAUGGAAUAGUGAGCUUGUUGCACGACCACUGGCAGGACGAUACCGUUCUGUUUCAAACCGCAACCUGGAAUCUUACCAAUCCCAACACCAAUUGGGGCCCAACUACACAGUGGGCAUCGUGGUACAUGGGAAUAUUCAACCAAGAGAUAUCCAUAUACCCAGAUGGCGACAACGGACCUUUUGCGGGCGUAGAUGUCCGCUUCCUCCUCGCAAAACGCUUCAUAAACGGCAACAUCAAUGCCGUAAAUUGCAGUACUACUUUCAGCGACCCUACCCAGUUUGUCCUCGAUCGGCUCCGGGAAAUGGCCUUCCGCACCGCUGUCGCGGCAGCCAACGUUACCGAUUUGGAUGUCAUUUUCCCUACUCCUCUCCUGCUCGAGCAAGGUCUUCCUUUGACCCAGAACUGGACCCAGCAGGUGUCCCUCAAUGGUGAAAAACACAUAGUUGCAUUCGGUGUCAGCGUUCCGUAUUUGAUUUGUGCAAUAGUGUCUAGUCUUCUAUCCGUCAUCGCCAUUGCACCGUUAUUAUGGAACUCGUGGCGAAAAGGGUUUGUCCAGGUUUCCUUCAAUCCGCUGGAUGUUGCGCAUGUAUUUGCGGCCCCGCUUCUGGAGGAGGCAAAUUGUGAAAAGAACAUGGAGGACUACAUACGGAAAGAAAGUGGAUUGCAGAGAGUUAGAUGUUCUGCAAAUAGAUCGGAUGGUACGACAGGCAUGUUGCUUGCGAAGAUGAAUAUGGAGGACAUGUAA